AUGAUCCCCCGGGAGCCGCAGCGCCCGCCUGUGUACGUGCCGGUGCCCAAAGAAACCACCAAGAAAAGGCAACGGGAGGAGGAGGAGGAGGAGGAGGAAGAAGAAAGUCCGUCCCUAAUUGGAAGCCCACGUUUGCAAGAAGCUGCCAAAAAAGUGAAAGCGAAGAAGAAGAAGCUUUCUGAUGCCGAGAAAACGUUGGCAGACAGAGAGAAUGCUCUAGCAAGUGCUGAUUUAGAAGAAGAAAUUCACCAGAAACAAGGGCAGAAAAGGAAAAUUUCUCAAUCUGGUGUUCAAGUAGCAGAUAGAAAAACAGUUGGUGAUGAAGAUGACACAGCUGUCAAUCAAAGGAAGAAAACGCAAAUGAACCCAGAAGAAGAGAGGUUAAAGAACGAGAGGACGGUGUUUGUGGGGAAUCUGCCUGUCACGUGCAAUAAGAAGAAGCUGAAGUCAUUUUUUAAAGAGUAUGGGCCAAUAGAAUCCGUGAGAUUUCGCUCUGUGAUUCCAGCAGAGGGAACUAUGUCCAAAAAGUUGGCUGCAAUAAAACGUAAAAUUCAUCCUGAUCAGAAAAAUAUUAAUGCGUAUGUAGUAUUUAAGGAUGAGGUCGCUGCUACUAAAGCAUUGAACAGAAAUGGGACCGAAAUCGCCAAUGGAUUCCGAAUUAGAGUUGACCUCGCAUCCGAGACCUCAUCUAGGGACAAGCGAUCGGUGUUUGUGGGGAAUCUCCCGUACAAAAUUGAAGACUCCGUGGUGGAGGACCACUUUCUGGACUGUGGGAACAUCGUGGCCGUGAGGAUCGUGAGAGACCCGCUGACCGGUGUCGGCAGAGGAUUCGGCUAUGUGCUCUUCGAGAAUACAGAUGCUGUUCAUCUUGCUCUGAAAUUAAAUAAUUCUGAACUGAUGGGGAGAAAACUCAGAGUCAUGCGUUCUGUUAAUAAAGACAAAUUAAAACAAAAUUCAAAUCCCAGUUUGAAGAAUGUCAGUAAACCGAAGAAGGGACUUAAUUUUGCUUCCAAAAAUGUAGGACAUUCUAAAAGUUUAUUUAUUGGAGAAAAAGCUGUUCUCGUCAAGAAGAAAAAGAAAGGACAGAAGAAAAGUGGACGAACUAAGAAACAGAAAAAACAGAAAUAGCAACUCGAAGCUUUACUUUUUCUGCUGAGCAUUGGUAAUAAAAACGUGGUGAAACCAUG